AUGAUAGUAAAGGAGUUCAGAAUUGUCCUGCCUAUGACAGUAGAUGAGUAUCAGAUAGCUCAAUUAUACUCAGUUGCGAAGGCCAGCAAAGACGAAACUGGAGGCGGAGACGGAGUAGAAAUAAUUAGAAAUGAACCAUUUACUAGUACAACUGGUAUACAACCUGUAACACCUCUUUGUAACGGUGAAUAUACUAAUGGUCAGUUUACUCAUAAAAUUUAUCAUAUUGCUAGUAAAGUGCCAGGUUUUAUUCGCUGGCUUGCUCCAAAAGGUUCUUUAGAAGUUGCGGAAGAGGCCUGGAAUGCCUUUCCUUACUGUCGAACUGUUCUUACGAAUCCAGGAUAUAUGAAAAAAAAUUUUUUGAUUAAAAUAGAAUCAAUUCAUCUUCCGGACAGAGGAGAAACAGAAAAUGCACAUGGUCUUGAUGAAUUGACUUUGAAGAAAAGGUCAAUAGUGAUAAUUGAUAUAGCUAAUGAUCUGGUGGAUCCAAGAGAUAUCAACCAAAAUAUUGAUCCCACCACAUAUAAAUCGGUCAAGACUGGUAGAGGACCCCUCAUUGGACCAGAUUGGCAAAAAACCUGCCAGCCUGUGAUGUGUUGUUACAAAUUAGUUACUGCAGAAUUUAAGUGGUAUGGACUACAAGAUAGGGUUGAAAAUAUAAUAUUUAAUGGUGAAAAAAGAUUAUUCUUUAAAUUUCAUAGAGAACUUUUUUGCUGGACGGACGAAUGGUAUGGCUUAACUUUAAAUGAUAUUCGAAUUCUGGAAGAAAAAACAAAAAAAGAACUAGAUGAUCAGAGGAAUACAGGAGUAGUUCGAGGUAUGAUGGAGGAGAGCCAUUAA